CUUGGCCGCUUGGCCAUUGUCGCUUCACCCGCCGCUGCAAGUCGACCUGUGUGCUCUGCCCUCCGCCACCGCGACGCGCAACUGGAUGAUCCGUCAUGUAGGACCUCGCACUCUGGGUAUGGACAAUGGGCUCUAUACCAUCAUUCAGAAGGAACAACGUGGACACUUGUCGACGAAGCUUUGGACGACUACAGACAAGUACCGCCAACAACGUUUGGCCACCAAGGCCCACGCCCUUGUGCUGGACAACAUGAAAGGGUUCAUCGUGCACGAGGUCGUGCCGCAAGUGUCCAAGUGUGGCGACUACGUCGAGUACGUGUUCGUGAUGGAGAACAGUCGAUGUGGCACAAUGUGGGAAAUCAAGCGCCGGUAUUCUCUCUUCCACGACCUCCGCGAGGACCUCGAGGAGCUCUUUGAGACACCGCACUGCCAUUAUUGCAAAAAAGCCAUCGAGAGCCUCCAGUCGCUGUCGUUUCCCCCCAAACGAUUCUUUCACUCGGAUGGAAUAAUCAUGCAACGUGUGGUCGACUUCCACGCGUACAUUCAAGCAAUUCUCAAGAUUCUGUCGAGCCCGUAUUGUCGCAAUUGCUCUCUAGUGUCUGUGAACGCGCACAGCUUGAUCAAGCGCUUCUUACUUUCUGGCAUGCGUCUUCGCGACGUGAUGGAGUCGAAGCAUCAAACGCCGUACUCGAUCCCGUUGAUCUUGCGGGAACUGCAAGUCUGUGGCCAAGGCAAGCGGCUGGAGCCGAUUGUUGAGCAGCCAAGUCUCUCCAUGACCAAGGCAUGCUAGCUUACUUUAUAUAUUCGAAGAAAUUACGUGGUGCAUUUUAACCCUGAAAUUUUUGCCGCGUCAUGA